GGUCAGUGUGUUUUUUUUCGGGACUAAAUCGGAAUUAAAUCAAAUUCUACUGAAGUUAAAUCAGUAAAAAACUCAAAAAACGAUGAAAAGUGUUCAAGAAGACGCCAAAGGCUACGUUUAUUUCAUGAAACAGGACAAAAACAGCGGUGAAAGUACUUCGUCCUUGGACUACCCAAAAUUCCUGGAAAAAUUCACAGAAAUUCAAGCGAAACAUGAAAAAACAAAAUAUUUCACAUACCGAGUGGCCGGCAAAAUAUUCGAUUUGACAAAUAAUUUAUUGAGAACGAACCGGAUCCCAUACCAACUUGUGCUGGGAAUCCUCGACAGACACCGCAUGAUAAAUUCCUCCGUGAUGACUCCCAAAGUAACGACGGAAGUUUGUUCGGAAAUCUUCUAUGCGGCCUACCGUCUCGGCUACUUGCCGCAAGAAGAGAACUUGGAAGUCUGCAAAUAUUCGUUGCUGAAUCUCAUUUGGAACAUUUUCGAUGCGAAACGAAACAAAACGAGCAUCGCCGUUUCGGACUUUAAACAAUUGAUGUUGAUGCUCUGCGAAAGUAGCUGCUUCCAGUCCAAAUUGUACGAAUAUUUUGAUUUGGUGUGCGAUCACAACCAGUUGCUGCCGCGUGCCAAAUUCGAAGCGAUGAGUGUUUGUUUUGCCCGGAUUUUUGCCUACAUCGACCCCAGUGCCAGUCAGUUUGGCAUGAAUUGGAUCGAAGACACGGUCCGGGAGUCCUACGAGCACCUUUCAGGCCUUUGUGGACUCACGCAGCUCCAAUUUUUCGAUUUGUGGUCCAGUAGUACGAGUAAAUUUGCGUCUUUUUCGAAUAUUGUGGCGCUAAUUCAACGACUGCACGAGUCGCAGUUUGUGGUGCAUCAAAAAGAGUGCUUUGGAUGUCACGCGAACCCCAUUAAAGGCUUGCGAUUCAAGUGUCAGCAGUGUCGGAAGCUGUCGUUGUGUCUGGCGUGCUUCAGUACCGGCUUCUCCAACGGGAAACACACGACAUCUCAUAAAAUGUACGAAAUCAGUUCGGAUGAGAGAACCUCCUGUUUCACUUUUGGCAAGUUUUUCUCGAAAAUGUGCUCAAUGUCGCACAACAAAUCGAUGGAAAAGCAGGAAAUCCGCAUCGAAGAGACCGGAGAUGAUGGCGAAGUGAAUCAAUCUGUCGUCAAAAUCGCGUCACACUCGAUGAAACGUGGAACAAUCAAUAAAUCCAUGAUUUCAGGGUAUGGCUGGACCGAUGGUCAACGAACCCUUUCCCGAAGUGCCGCCAUAAAUGCCACAGGAAAAAUCCUAAAAAUCGCAGAAGCUCUCACAGAAACGCAAGAAACACUUGCGAACAAUCUCAACAUGUUCAAGCAAAAUUUGAAUGAUGAGCAACUGAAUUUCCUGAAAUCGCAUUGCGAAACACUCGAACAACACAUUAAAGAUUUGCGCGAAUGUGGUCAAGUAUCGUCAGUUCCGUUCUCGAGUACGCCUUUUAGAGCCACGACGCAUAAUGUGAAAAAGCGUCCGCCGUUGUUGAACACAUCAGCACCACUUUUCAACAGUAUUCGCGGAACGGAGCUGAAUAAAACGUUCCUCGAAGAAAAUAAGAGUCUUUCAAUAAAUGAUCUCAGUAAUUGGUUCCAGGUCGACAAGGAUUGCAGUGAGGUGCAAGUAACGCAAGACGACAAUUUUGUGACAACAAUGACGAAAACUGAUACAAAAAUGACGAAUUUCAAGAAACUGUUGUAUCAAGUCAAGGAAAUUGUGGAUGACUCGUAUAGUGAUAAUGCUUUGCUCGCGGAAAAGACAAAAACGCUAGAAAAUGAACUCGAUAACAUUAUUGCGAACGAAGAGGAAAGACGGAGUCAGAAACAUGGUUAAAUUUUUUUUAUUGUUUAGAUCUCUCAUUAAUCUAAAUAUAUUAAACGCUUCCAUCACGCUUUUACACAAGAAUCAUGAGAAAAAUGGUUCAUCCAGCUUUCACCAAUAAUCUCGCACAAUUAUUUCUUAAGCUUUAAUAAAAUCAAAUUGUUUUUUUUAA